CCCGCCAAGUGCUCCGCAGCUCAGGUGCUCUCUGGCCUCGUUCUCCGGCAAGCGGCCAGUCACGCAACGGGAGCCCAGCGAGCACUCGGCUGCAAGGAGGGCACGAAGGGAGAGGGUAAAGUUUUUGGCUCUGGGGUUCUUGACCGGGGGUAGCUGCCUGGUCACUGGCUUUGUGAAAGAAGGUCGGAGGGAGGGAGAGAGUGGGGGAGGGAAAGUUAAGUGUUGAACUCUGCAGUCUCUCUAUCCAGGGAAAGGUCUGGCAGUAAGCUUGGUAACAGGCUGGGUGACACAAGAUUCUUUGCUUGGUUGCAUCUCACGGGUGUGGUGUCUGAGUGAGGAAUUUCAGGCAUGGUAGGUUGACUGUCUCCUUGGAUUCAUGUUGAAGAUUGUUUUGACAAAAUGGUGCAUGGACUUCAAAGGGAAAUCAACUGCGAGGAUGGGGACAAUGUUUGCGGACUCAGAGAUGUGGUUGAAGUGAAUUCAACAGCAGCUAUGAAUGGCAAUAGAGCUAGUUAUGAUGGGGGGGGUUCUCUUUCCUCUAUAGCGGAUAGCAUAGAGCAUUUGGAUGUGACGGCAACAUCAAGUGAUGGGCUUGCGAAGAAUGAGAAUGGGAGUUAUUACAAUAUGACAAGCAUGGGAGGUGCAGGCACCCGACAUGGGGAGAGGGAGGUGGAUGAGGAAGACGAGGUGGUUCUAGUAAGCAGUAGGGGAAAGGAGAGAGGUCGUGGUGAGAUUUGGUCCCCAUCACAGUCUAGGAGUGAAAUGCUGAGGCUUAAGGAGGAGAAAGAAGGCCAGGAGUGUGAACAUGCACGGGCACGUGACGAGCAAUUGCAGCAUUACCGGAGUGAGCUAGUACGGUUGGAUGCCAGAGUGAAGGGAGCAGUUUCUGAUGCUGCUUCUUACAGGGCAGAGGCUGCCAGGGCGAGGGAAGAGAGAGAUGCAGCGAUUGCAGAUGCCAGAGGCGCGCAGAUGGAGGUUGGUGUUCUGAGGGAGAAAGUGGUCGAGCUGCAGACACAAAUAUUUUCAGCGGCGGAUUCUUCUGGGGCCAGGUACAACGUUGAAAUGAUUGAAAGUGUGGGUAGGGAAUUGCAGGAGAGGCUUCUUCAAUUGGAAAGGGAGAACCAGGAGCUGAAGCAAAGCUGUGGUGAACUUGCCAAGCUAGCGACACUACAGAAGAAGGUUGAAGAGCUGGAGAGACAGCGGGAGAACUUGGAAGCUGAGCUCAGUGCUGCCAGUCUGAGAACACACCAUAACUCGGAGAGUGGAUUCUGUGGUGAUGUUAAGGAGGUUUCAAUGUCUGAAACUCGAGAAGUAGAGCAGAGGAGGCGGGGAGAAAUAAGGGAGGCACCACGAUUUCUAUUGGGCAAUGAUGCUCCGAGUAUAUAUAUCACAGCGGGUUUGGAUUCUGGUGUGGGGAUGUGGGAAGGCAACGAAGUAGCGUUAUUGAAUCGUGAGGACCGCCCCUUUGCCGGAGACGAGGUUGGUGAGGUUGGAGUUAGGGAGAUUGCUGUGGUGGACGAUGGUUGGGAGAAGGACUGGGCAGCACUUGAGGAAGCGACUUCUGAUUUGAAGAGGGUUCAAGAGGAACUGGGAUCGUAUAAGGCAGAGCUGGAGGGGAUCAGGGAUGGUAAAGAGCAAUGUUUCAGCCUUGACAGCACGCAGGGCCUCUAUUUUGCAAAUGGUUUGAAAGUUGAGACCAGCAUUAUUGAUGCAGAGUUAGAACAGGCAAGAGUAAAGCUGGAACAGGAGAGAGGGGACAAGCUGAAGAUCCAAGAAAAUUUCCUUCGAGCAGAGAUUCAAGUGGAGCAGUACAAGAUGCAGGCGAAACAAGCUCGUGUGGAAGCCCUCAGCCUAAGGCAGCAGCUUGUUAUUGUGAGGGCUGAGGUGGAAGAUUACAAGACACAGAUGGAAAUCGUGCAGUCUGAACUCCUUGCAGUCAGGAGAGAGAAUGAGCAAAUGAUUGAUGAACUGUGUAGGAAGGCAGGUGAAGUUGAUGACAUGCGGGAGAAGCUGGAGGGAAAACAGAAGGAGUGUGAGGAACUGUGUACAGAGAUGGCUGACAUGGGCGAAGAAAAAAAACGGUUGUCGCAGAGCAAAAAUGAUGCAGAAGCAAAAAUUGAUGCUUUAAAGAAAACUGUGGAAGAGAAAUUGGAUAGAGAACGACGACUGCUCGAGGAGCUUGAUCGUGCAAAAACUGAAUCAGCUGAGCGGCUUUCUGAGGUGAACGAUCUUCUGAGAGAAAAAGAGAAGUGGGGAGAUAGGGUCCUUAGUGCAGAGCUGGCUAAAGCGGGCAUGGAGAAAGAACUGACUGAGGCAAAAGCAGCCUCUGAUGCAGCAAGGGUGGAAAUUGAAAGGUUGAAGAAGGAUCUGACAGCCACUCUCGACAAAGUGAAGAGGAAAGAAGAUAAACUCGCAGGACAUCUGGCUGCCAAUGCUGUGGCAAAAGUCGACAAGAAUCGUGAAGUGAGAGCAGAGGAAAGGGUGAAGGAGUUAGAGGCACGGCUGAGGGACAGCGAGAAACGAGCGCAGGAGCUAGAAGCCGAGGUUGAAGAGCGUAAGGGAAGAUGCUUCAACCUAGAAUUGAUGGUGAAGGACAUGGAGAGGCAAGUGAAGGAGCUGGAGAGGGAAAGAGAUGGUUACAAGAUCCUUGUUGCCCAACAUUCAAAUAGUGAUGAUGCUUUAAGGGGAGAGCUGAUGGAGGCGAAGAAGGAAAUGGCAGCGGCUAUUGCGGCGGUCAACAGUGCACAUGAACAGUCAUCUCUUGGACAGGGUUCAAGAGCAGCAGUACAAUCACUGCCGCGUGUAGCUGCUCAUCCAGGUGGCAAUGGAAUGUCCCUGUCAGGGAUUCAAGGAAAGGAAAUGGAGGUCGCGUACACGGACAGAGAGAGGUUACUGAUUGAGAGGGGCCGUCAAUUGGAGGAGAAAAAUAUGAGGCAGGAAAUGGUUUUAAGGCGUCAUGAACAGGUCAUCAAAGAGCAAGAGAGAAAGUUAAGACAAAUGAGGGAGGAAGAGGAGGACAGACGGGGCCAAGCCAACAGUAUGGAGGUGGCUUUGCUGAGGACGCAGGUCGAGGAGCUGAAGCACCAGAUACGAACUGCUGAUAAAGCACGCGCAGAGAACAAGGAAAUGGCAAUGAAAGAGCAUCGAAUGAUCACCGCUGCCUUUUAUGAUAUCAAUCUGGAACUUCAGAGGGUCAAGCACAAAAUUGGGGGCCCAACGAGCAUUGGGGGCACAAGCAGCUUAGGUGUCACCCCUUCAAGGUCAAGCAUUGUUGGGGGUGGCCUCGGGGUUUUCCCGGGUGGGCCAGGGGGGAUGAUGAUGGGCACUGCGAUGAGUGCCUCGACAUCAUUCACCUCCUCACCUUCUCCUAUGAUGCUUGCAUCAACAAAUGGUCCGGUCCAGAACCUAGCCCGCCCGAUGUCUGCCAAGAUGACUAUGUGUCCAGGCCGGAUGCUUUAUGGAGUUGGGAUGCAGGGAGAUAUGGGUGGAGAUAGAGGACACGAGCGUGCCGCAUCUGCAAGACUGGGUGGACAUGUGUCAGCACCUGUGUCUCCUAUGGGUAAGUAAGAGGGGUUAUGAAGCACAGCCGAUGCAUUGAAUGCUUCAUCAAUAAGUAGUGCAGGGGAGAUUCAGGUGGAGAGACGGAUGGAGAGAGAGGACACGAGCGUGCAGCGUCUGCGAGACUGGGUGGACAUGUGUCAGCACCUGAGUCAGCUAUGGGUAAAUAAGAGGGGGUUAUGAAGCACAGCCGGUCCAUUGACUGCUUCAUCAAUAAGUAACGCAGGGGAGAUUCAGGUGGAGAGGCAGCUGGAGAGAGGGGACAUGAUCAUGCGGAUCAGCUAUAAACUUGAUGCUUAUGUGUCAGCACCCGUGAUUCUCCUACAGCCAAUUGAAAGGGAGUCAGGGAGCACAGUUCGAGCGCCCUUGGGUUCUCCCGAUCUUGGCAAUUUGUCAUGGAGAGGCAGACGAAGAUUCACGAAAACGGUGAGGACAUUAAAGACUGGGUGUAAAUUGUGUACUUGGAACCAUCUGGAUGGGUAGGUGUGCCUGACAGAAGAGUGUGAUGGCCAGACAAUGAUAUAAUCAUUCUGGGCUUGAAAGUGUUGGUGGUGAGACAGAAGAUUGAUGAGUACGUCGCUGUUCCUGUCACCGAUUGUCUAUAAUUGUCAAUAGUAUGGCAGGAGCGGUGUCCUGUGCUGUGGGCUUUUUGAAAGGCAAUACGGUCACCGAGGUCGUUAAGCCAUGGGAUGCGGAGAGGAACAGUGAAGAACAGAAGUCGCAAACGAGGAUGGAGGGCGAAGACUCCUUGGGCCGGUGGGCCGGUGGGCCGGUGGGCCACUGGGCAGGUGGGCAGGUUCCGCUCCAUGAUUCAGAGUACGUUUGCCUUAUGGUUGCUUCCUGAUGAAUGUGGAAAUCUGGAUUACUUCUUUCAUUGCAAGUUUCACACACGGCUGUGGAGCAGACAGAAUGUGAGUGGGCUCAGACUAGCCACGAGGAAAUCAACGAUGUUCCGAUUUUACCAAGCUCCCUGAUGAACAUGCAAAGCUGGAUGAUUUCUUGCAUGGCGAUUCCACAUUUCAUUAUUCUGAGUGUGAAACUCUGGAGCAGACAGAAUGUGACUGGGCUCAGACUUCAGACCUUUAAAAUACUAUAUGCUACAUUACUGAUGUUCCCGAGGAAAUAAGUAACGUCCUAAUUUGGCAAAGCAGCAGACGGUUAGGUAAGAAGCAACGUCCUAAUUUGGCGAAGCAACAGACGGCCAGGUAUGUAACCCCAAGGAUGAGGACAUGAAUGAGCUUCCCCUGGUCCAGACCAAUCUGGUUCAGGUGGACAUUUUAGGACCGUUGUUGGGUUAUGGUGUAUUAUUACAUCCAGCGGAUGGAAUGGAUGAUGCCAAACGACUGUGGCGGCUGUUUUUGCUGUUCUUGUCUAUUUCGCGGAGCUGCAGAGGGAAAGUUGCUGGCCGGAGGGGGUUUACUUGUAGAAUGUUUCAGACACUAGGGUGAUUUUUUUGUGGAAGGCGUUUGACAAGAAUGCAUAAGAACGUGCAGCGAUUUACACGGGAAUUGCUUCAAUCCCCUCAGACAUGCAGCAGUUGUAUCUGUAAUCGACACUGCACAGGGAAAAAGAGGCAAUGCACGUCCAGAUUGCGGACAGCAUGUCUGUUCAAGUCCUGUAGACGGCUAGAAAGAAGGAUGACAAGGGAGAAAGCCUCCGUGGGAUGAAGUUUGCGAUAGAGGUGGUGGGUUGGGUUGGUGUCCAGGACUUGAAAAUCAUAGCCACUAUUAGUUGUCAUCAUGUGGUAGAAAAAUUGGUUGUAGUCUUGUUGAUGAAUAAUGCCUUACCACGUUUAGAUGUUAUUUUGAAUUUAUGAAAAGCUUGUGAGCUUGCAUUUUUUUCUUAUUUUUUCUCUACAAGAUGUUGAGAUUAUCAACUCGUUCUUUGUCCAUUCUUUUUUGCCCUUCUUUUGUUAAAUGUUUAACCGUCUGUUAUGAAUCUUAUGAU